ACAAUUACAUGUCACCAUUCAGGAGUGGGUCACUUCAGAUUUUUUGAUCUAAAUUAUUACACGAUCCGAAUAAUAUAUAUUUAUUUAAAAUUCUAAAAAAAUUAAAAUUUUUUUAAUUUUAUAGUAAACGCUUUGAAAGGGAAAUAAAUUAUUUGAUAUUUAGUUAAAUUUUAAAAAUUAAAAGGAUUUUUUAAUUAAUUUGUUAUAUAUGUAUGUAUUUCGUUUGUAUAAUAAUGAGCAUUUGAGAUAAUAAAACCUUAUUUUGAACUGUUUAUAACGCACUUAAAAAUGUGGGCCUCAAGUCCCAAACGUAAAGAUCGAAUCUAUUGUAGACAUCAAACUAUAUACAUAUAAAUAGCUGCCAUUUUAUAGAGCAUAGAUACGCCAUUUUGUGGUUUCGUCAUACAAAAUGAAAGUUGAUAAAUUGAUAUUUUUAGUAUCCAAAUUGCAAAAUUUUUGGUCUGGAUAUGUUUUUCCGGAGAUAUUUUAGGUCACUAAAGCCAAAUAUGAAGGUCAUUUCUCGCGGAAAUAAACAGUUUUAAACAAACAUUUAAACAAUAAAGAUCUUAUAUUUAGGAAUCCGCGUAAACAACCGUGAGGCCGGAAAAUAAAAAGUAAUCCAAACUUAAUCCAAUACUUACGAUUCAAAUACAUACAGAGUAAGCUAUAUAGUAGGUUAAGAGUAUCAAAUUUUAAAAAGGUUUCAACGAUUUCAAAAACUCCUACAAAUGUCAUUCUAGCCGAAUAUAUCGCAGUUUGAUACUAUAAUGAAGCCUAUUUUUAUAUUGAAUUACAACACGUUCAAAUUAUAAAAUGGAAUAAUUAUUUUAUUAUUUACGAUACGUUGUAUCGUAUUGCUACCGCAUCUUUUAUGAGAUAGUAUAAAUUUGAAGCAGGGUGAGUAAUGGAAUUUUUGUUUUUAAAAAUAUCUAAUAAAUCUUUAAUAAAAAUCUCAUUGCUUUUAAUAAUGAUCUAUUGAAAGUUCAGAUUAUGAGUAUAAAAAUACUGGAUCUAUGUAGGCCCCAUCUUUAUGAGUUGUGGAAGUACAAUACUUCUCCCACUUAAUAAAUUUAACAUUAUAUUACCAGUAUGACGAAUGUUGAUCUCAUCAGCGAGUUGAAAGAGAAAACGGUGGGAUUAUUUAUGCUAAACUAUAUAUCUAAACCAAAAAUGUUUGCAAAUUGUGAAACAAUGCUCACAGAUAGUAUUUUAGUGUACAAACAUUUUAAUAGUACUAUUUUUUUUAGUAUACAUUGUAUUGAAAAUAUGUUUAUAUAAAAGUACCCAAACAUGUACAUUUGUACACUUACAUCAAUGUAUUAAAUUUGAUGAAAUUUUGAUAAAAUUUGCACAAAUAUUGCUACUAUGGUGAAACAUUAAGUAUUGUUAAGUGCGGCAUAAGUAAGAAGGGAGUGGGGGUAUCAUGAGUACGAACUUCUUAAAUAUUUCAGAUUGUUCAGUAUUAAUUCAAGAGUAAGAUAAUUGGUAUAAUUUUACAUGUUAUGUAAAUAUAUAUUUUUAUUAUAAAAUUUUUAUUUCCAUCACUUAUCAAGAAUUAAUUUAUCGGUAGUGAAAUGCGACGCCAUAUUGCUAAACUUCGUGUGCAGUCGUUGAAUUUCGUUUGGACACAUGUCGGGACCUAUGUUCAGCAGUAUUCGUUCAAUAGAGAAGCUUGUCAAGAAGCCCGCCUUUCUGAAUAUACAUUUUUCGUAGAUUAAAUCAUAAUUAUUUUAAUAUAUUAUCAUUUUGUAUUAACUGUAGCUAUUUGUGUUGUGUAUUUGUAUUUAAUUUUAUAAACAAACAGUAUUAUUGACUUGAAUCUCCUAAAGUUUUAAAACGUUAAAAAUUAUUACAUGAGUAGCUUGUGACAUUGUCUUACAUAUUACAUAUUUUCUAUGAUGGAAGCUUUAAGAAGUUUACAUACUCCUGACUCUAUACAUUCUUUGUCUUGUAUUAACACACAUAAUAUUGAUGAACUAUCAAAAGAAAAAGAAGAGGAGUUGUUAUAUAGUACAGGUGAUGAUGGCGAUGAAGAAGAUGCUCUCUCAGAUGAUAGUAUGCGUUUAAGACUCUCUGAUGAUGAAAUUGAGACAGAAGAUAUUUUAACACCUGUUUUAGAUAAUCAAGAAAACACAUCAAAAACUAAUGAAAUUGAAAUGACAUCUACAAGAACUGAAGAUAUGGAAAUUUCUUCUAUUCCAAAAAAAGAUAUAAUUAAUACAGAAGCAGAUACAAAGAAGAAGGAACACAGUUCAGAUAACGAUUCAGAUGAAAAAAUACUAAUUGAUUAUGAAAAAAUUGUUAAGAAAGGUGAAAGUGAACUGAUGAGAAAACCACGAACAGCUAAUGUUUCUCGUCUAUGGCAAAGUUAUGGAUCACAAUAUAAGUAUCCUAGAACUCCCAAUGGUCGCUCUUUUCAUUGGGUUAAUCAAAGAUUUCGUCAUUUAACACCUAGAGGACGUUAUAGACUUCAAUAUAACUGUAAUACAAGAUUUUAUAAUGGAUUUGGUCCUUUCGAACGAGGAAGAGGCAAUGGAAUAUUUCAUUCACAUAGUACGAUUUAUGGUGGUAGACGUCAAAAGAAAGGCUUUAGUUCUAAUACAAUGCACAAGCAAAAUAGUUCAACAGAAUCUGAUGUAAGUCCUAUAUCUCUAUCAAAUAAAAACAUAUCUUUAGAAGCUAAAGUUAAUAAUGAUAUUGAAACUAUAAAACUUGAUAAUGACGCAACAAUAGAUGGAGAUAGUAUAUUAUGUAGCAAAUCUGUAGUUAAUAACGAUAAGAAUGACCAUUCAAAUGAAUCAUUGAGUGAAAAAGUUGAAAAUACUCCUAUUAAAAAUAUUAGAAAAGAAAAUUCUGUUAACACUGAUUCUGUCAAUAAUUCAUUAGUACUAGAACAUGACUUGGAAGAAAAUACAAAAAUAAAAGUAUCUAAUGAUCCUGAAUGUAAAAAUACUACGAUCCAUACUUUGAAUGACAAUUCUAGUGAAAAUCCUCUAAAUUCUGAAACUGAUUCUCAGAAUGAUAAUAAUAGUAAGCAAAAAGACGAAAUAAGUAAAAAUGAUAUGAAUAAUGCAAAUAUUGAUUUUAGUGAUUUUCGUAAUUCUAACAAUUUCAAAGUGGAAGCAUUGAAUAUGGACAUAAAAUGUAAAUCUGGUAAAGAUGAAACUAUUAAAUAUACUAAAGGAAAAAGUAAUCAAGAACAAUGCAAAAGUAUAAAUAAUGAGGAACAAGAUAAAAUAACUAAAAUAACUGAUAUAAAAUGUAAAUCUGAUAAAGAUGAAGCUAUAAAAUAUACUGCAGAAAAAAGUAAUCAAGAACAAUAUAAAAGUAUAAAUAAUGAAGAACAAAAUAAAAUAACUAAAAUAACUGAUACAAAUGAAAGUACAGAAAUUAAAGAAGUCUAUAAAUUAGAAGAACAAGAUCUUAAUAGAAAUAAGAAAUUAACAGAACUCAGUCAAGAGAUAGAACUAUCUGGAAAUAAUUGUAAAACUACUGUUUUAAAUUCCUUAGAAGAAAAGGAAAUAGUAAAUAAUGAUAUAAUACUAAAUGGAAAAGUAACAAAUUAUAAAACAGAUGAAAUUCUUAGGAAUAAAAAAAAGAAAAUUUCUUCUGAAGAUAUGAAAUCAAAUGAAGAUUGUGAAAACAGUGAGUUUAAAUCAACGACUGUAUUAAAUAAUGUAACUAGCAACAAAAAUGGUAAUGUGCCAGAAAAAACGGUUAUUAAGAGUGUAAAAUGUGAUAAUCAAUUAAAAAGUAGUGAUAAUAGUACAAAUUCUAUCGAAAUUAGUAAAUCCAAUGCUUCUGAAAAUCAAUUAACUCGUCCUAUAAUUGAUCUUUGGGAACAAAAUGAGGACGUUACUAAAAAAGAUAUAAAAACUACAGAAAAGGAAAACUCAAUAAUAAGUUCUGCAAGUAAAAAAAAUUUAAGUGAAUACAUUGAAUUGAUGUCGGAUAAAAAUAGUUUACCUAGUGUAGAACUAGAACCUAGUGUAAUCACAGAAAAUGAUUCAUUAGAUUUUGCUACUAAUACAAAAAAUAAUAGUGAUGAUAGUGAUAAAAGAACUGUUGAAGUUUCUGUGACUACUCAAAGAAGGAAAAGACGAUCAAAAAGAGAGAAUGUUGUAGUAGAGCAAAUGAAUUGCACAGAAGAAAAACAAGCAGUGAGGGAAAGUGGAAGACGGAAGAGACGAACAGCUAAAAAUGCAGAAGAGAUUAUAAGAACAAAAUUCCUUCAUAGUGAUGUAGAAUCUAGUGAUGAUUCAGAAAAGUUUGUAGCUAUAAAUUUUAAAAUGAAUCAAGAUGCACGUCCUUCAUCGCCACCUUCAUUAAAAAGGACCUGUUCUGAUACUGAUACUCCUGUUAUGAAUGGUGGUGUUAAGAAAAUUAAAGCAAAUUUUGAAGAACGAUGUAAUGAAUUAAAAACACAAGAAAAUAAUUCUGACAACAUUAAAAACCUUAACUAUAUUCAUAAAUUUUUCCAAAGAGACUUGAAUGAAAAACUGCCAAAAUUAAAACAGGAAGAAUUAGAAGAACUUUUGAUACAAAAAAUUGUUGAAACGAUUACUAUGCGCGACGAAAUUGGUAAACUAAGAGAACAAGCACGUAUAUCAGAAAAAAAUCAAGAAGUAACGCGUGCAAAAUGUCAACAAUUAGCUAAACAAAUUAAAGAUUUUGAAAUGGUAUUAAACCGUAAUGCGGCAGAUCGGCGUGCGAGUAACGAUAAAUUCAGUCCACCAAUUAAGAUCAAUAGAUCUGUUGGAUUACAAGUUAAUUUUGUAACGGAUCAUGUAAUGCAAAAUUUAAGGCAAUUACAACAGAAUUCUAAUAUGAAGUCUCUACAUGUUUCAAGUAGUAAUAAUGCAUCAAAUACUUCUGUUAAUGAAACAAAUAAUGCAACCAGUCCAAGGAGAGGAAUUAAAACAAGAUCACCCAGGAAAACUGAGCCAAUAACUGGACAAACUUCUGUGGUGGCACAAAGUCAUACUCAAUCUCCAAACAUUAUGACUACUAUCACUCCUGCAGCUUUGGUUGUUGCUAAACCCCUAGAUUCACAGCACCCUCUGACAUUAUCAAAUCAGUCUAAUGUUCAACAAAUUAUAUCAAAUCAACAGAUACAACCACAACAAUCACAGCAAGCUAUAAUUGUAAAUGGAAAAUUUCCGAAUCAGAUAAAUGGUCAAGGAUCCACUACAACAAACGUCGCAAAAUCUCGUGCAAACGAUCUUAUUGAUCUUACGGAUGAAGAAGAGAAAAGUAAAGCUACUACUGGUGUACCAGUUGUAACAACUACAGUAAAUGAUCAACAAGUAAACUUAACACAAAAAACACAACAACCUUGCUUCCAAAGAGUAAUUCAGACUAUUCCUGGGAAUGUAGCCAUAACAAGUCAACCGCCUAGUAUAAGAGUAGUACAACCUGCUAGUCAGCCAACACCUACUGCUUUAGUGAAUAAUAUGAAUGCGCCUCGAUUAGCAUAUGUGAUGCCAACAAGGCAAUUAUUAAUAACACCAAAUUCCAGUCCGAUACGGCCUGUGACUUCGUGUAGAGCUUCAUUUCCAACUUUAACGUAUAAAACGGGAAUAUCAACUAUUGCAAAUGGAACGGUUCGAUUUUUGACGACUCCAGCUACUUCUAAUGUACAGUUAAAUAAGCAUCCAGCACCCUUACCAGAUACGCGUAAUUAUGCUGUAAAUCCUCUUUGGAAACUUUCACCACCAGCUCCAUCAUUAAAAAUUUCUAAAGUUGCACAUGGAAUAGUAUUAUCUUGGAAUAUGAAUUUGUCGGACAAGUAUGCAGAUAUUGUUAGUUACCAGUUGUAUGCCUACCAGGAAAUUGCUGGUGUUCCUCCUAACACGUCAUUGUGGAAGAAAGUAGGCGAUGUUCGAGCUUUACCACUACCUAUGGCGUGCACACUUACGCAAUUUUCUGAAGGAAAUAAUUAUCACUUCGCAGUUCGAGCAGUUGAUAUACAUUCCCGAAAAGGACAGUAUAGUAUACCUGGAAACAUUUCUUUAUAAAGUAUAUGAUAAAUUUUGAAUUAUUAUAUCAAUAUUAUUUUUACGCACAGUUAUAACAGUUCAUGACUCAUGUAACAACAAAUUCCGUACAGUCCUUUGCGUUAUCGUUCAAUUUAUUACAUUUAUUACAUGUAAAAUAUAUUUAAUUCAAUUACAGAAGUGUUUAUAAUGAUCAAAUAUGAUGUAUAGAUUACAUUACAAACGAAUUUGUUGUAUAGUAGUAAAUAUCCAUUUAAUCAUAAGUAAUUCGUACAAUCCUUGGUAACUAUGAUACAAUUGUAGCUAACGUAUUUUUAUCCGUCGUUUUUUAUACACCUCUUAAUUUAUAAAAUCAAAAAAUACAAAUCUUAAUUUUGACAAUAUACAUAUAGUUUACAUCCUUA